AAAAGACUAUCCUACCGACAAGAGUGUCUCUGCAAUCAGCAUUGUAAAACAUCUGAUCAGUAUGUCAGCACUAACCUGCACACAGUUUCUGAACGUGAAUUUAAAGGAUGUUUCGUCAAUGUCCACCACCGUCACAUUAAAUGCAGCCUGCUUUGGACGGCGCGACUUGAACUUGUUUAUUGAGAGUCUAGAAACCAUAUCUCGCUUGGAGAAGGAGAGACACGAGAGAUGCCAGCUUCACCGCGAGCAAAGACUACAUCAGGUGCGAAAGACAGCGUUGGCGGAUAACCGAUGCUCCAGUCCGACACCCACAGCCGAGGAAGCCGUAGACGAGCCGCUCUUAUAUCUGGAGUCCAAGUGCAUACCUUAUGCUGUUUCUGACCAUAUGGUUGCACAGAGCGAGCGCACACCUUGUCCCGAAUACCAUACGUGUGACGACGAAGCGUACGGAAAUGUUUCAUAUUCAGCGCGCAGCAGCGUUACCUACUGUAGCUGCGGUGAAAUCUCCACCCUGGAUUCAGACCUCGGAGAGUCCGAAGUUAAGAGGAUACCAAUUGUGCAUGCGACCUCCCAGGCUAUAACGCAGAAUAAAUAUAGUUCAACGCGAUCCCGCAUAAUUAACUUUGUGUUAAAGAGAAAUAGGGCUAAGCCCACCUUCGCGGAGCAUCUGCAGCGACAUGAACAGUGCGACACGUUAUCUAGCGAGAACAUAAGUCACGAGUUCUCACGGCUUACUACUAGUCAAAAAAGGUCACCUGAGUAUAAUUUUCUGGAUAAAGCUCUUCGAUAUUUUACAUUAUAA